AUGACCAAUCUCGCACUUCUACUCCUCAUGCUACUCUGUGUUGCCAGUUUCAGUCAAGGAAACGAGGAUAUCUGCAGCCUGCCCAUUGAGGUAGGACCCUGUCGAUCGCACAUCAGAGCUUGGGGCUUUAACCCCAAAACGGGUCAGUGUAUCAAUUUUGUCUACAGUGGUUGCGGAGGCAACGCCAACCGUUUCAAACAUCGGAGGGCCUGCGAACGCGCCUGUCUUAAAUCUUCACCAUCUACCAAGGACUAA